AAAUUCACUGAGUUUUAAAGUGGGGCGGAGUGGGCCUCCAGUCUCCGUGACCCCUGGGCAGCAGAGUCACAAUUGUGACCAGAGUGGUCCGUGUUAGGAAGACCGUUCUAGUCGACAUAGGUAACUCAGUGUCUAGGCUCACACUGCAUUGACCUCAAUACAUCAGCCAGGGCUCAGCACUGCUUGAGGAGAUGGCAUUACUGUAUUGCAAUAACAGGGCCCUUACAUCGGUGGGAGACAAAUUUAAGUGUAGACACAUGCACAACUAGGUCAAUGCAAGGUGGCUUGCGUCAACCUAACCUUGUAAUGUAGACCAGGCCUUACAUCCCUAAUUCGCACUUAGGCCUGGCCUACACUUACAAAUUAGAUAGCCUGGCUAUGCCGCUCAGGGCUUUGAAAAAUGUUGUGCCCUGAGUGCUGUGUUAGGUUGACCUAGCCCCUGGUGUAGACAUGAGUAAGUCAAUGGAAGAAUUUUACUGGAUUAACUACGCUGACGGAAACCCCCCUUCUGUUGAUAUAGGAAGGGUCUACACUAUGGUGCUCUAGCCGUUGUAGGGUAGACAUGACCUCUGUUAAGGUAACAGCUACAAAUAGUCCUGAUCUGCCUGCCAGAGCCCUCUCUUGUCUGACUCUGAUGUUAGUGGGUCAUGACAUUGAACCUUCCCUUAACCAGCUUCGCCGACUCCUCUUUUGGAAAGUUUUGUCUGACCUCCACUCCUCGCCACCUAGGACACCUCGAUGGGGUAUUGAAACCGCUAAGCCCCAUGCACAGGAGGGGGGUUCACCCCAACCUGAGUGAGCAUCCAAAGAAGGAAUGUUCUUGCCUUUGAGCCAUGCAAAUGCUGUGCCUUUAUCAAUGCUUCUAAUGAUGAGAUUCUUCCUCCAUGAUCACUGCAAUUCACCCCCGAGUUGCCCCCCCCACUCACAAAGUUGUAAGCCUCCAUCUCCCUCCCCUAUAGAAACUCCUUGAGUCACUGCAGCUUCUCUCUCCUCCAAGACGACUUGAAUGCUGGCUGGAUCGACUGCUCCAGCCUAGGGAGGUGCUCUGUAUUUCUGGACCCUUGCACAUCAUUGGUCUGAGGAGAUCUCCAUGCCCUUAAAGAGUAGGUGGCUUUUCUGCUGAGCCAUCGGAGAAACCCAUUUAUACCUCCUCCCUGAGCCAGCUGCCUGUGGCUUGCCAGUUGAUCCUGUCCUUCCACCAGUGCUGUCUGUUUUUCUCCUUGGGACUUAGGUGAGCCCUUUGCAUGUCUCUUACUGACCCAGCUUGCUGUUACAGGAGUGAGGGGGAAUGGAACUUGCUUUUUGAAUUUGAGUUAAGUGCUGGUGUGUCUGGACCUUUGCUGGCACAGCUGAGGAGGGAAAGCUUUAAAGCUCCAAUUAACCGGACACCCCAUCUCCAAUAGUUCAGUCAGCCUUAGCUUUCUCAGAUACGUCUGUUUAUAUUUAUUGAUCACGUCUGAAGUGGUCCCUCCUGUUCGCUGCAGGUAUGCCCUCAAUAUUUGAUUCUAUUAGCCCCCCAGUCAAUUGCUUUUGCUCACGUAACUGAGUUAAAGGAAAAGCAAAGACCCACGAUGCUUAAAUCUAAACUUGGAUCUAGUUCCCAAGGCUAUAGGGGCCAAAUCAUCAGCUGGUAUAAAUCAGCAUAACUUCAUCAGCUACCCUGAUUUACCCCAGUUGAUGAUCAGGUGUUAGGGGUUUCUCCCACACUGAAUAGAUCUGCAGAGUAUGGAACCCUCUAGCUAGGUCUCCCAGUAGAGAGUUCUGAUUUGCUGUCAAUUUUUGCAUGCCAUGUGUUAAACAGGCAAGUUAAGGCUAUAGGAGCAGAUGCUCAUAUAGUUAGUAAAAUAGAAGAGAAUGUGAGGCUCUUCUUGUCUGGCUUCCUUUCAACUUGCCAUUUAAGAGUCAUUAAAAAGAGCAGGGAGAAUUUUCUUUAAAAAUAACCUGCCUGGAGCUCCCACAUUCCUCAGAUGCCAAGUCUCUUGUUUGUAUUGUUGCCUCUUGUGGUUGCACUGCAUUGCCUUGACCUCCCUGACUCAUGAGGGCUGGCACAGCAAAAGGCUGCAGCCCAAGGAGACAGCUGGAGCUCCUUGUGAGCUGCCCUGACCAUUUUUAGAAGCACUUUCUCCCCAGUUAUUUGAUGGCCCCCGCGCAUUUUCCAGGAUAAAGUUUCCUUGGGGAGAUCAGCGUGGCUUUCUGCGCCUUCCCCUUGACCUUUCUCUUCCUUUGUCCAAAUUAACUUCUUACAUCCUUCCCCAGCCCUCCCAAAUCUCCAAAUAGCUACAUUCCGGGAUUAGCAGGCACAAUCUAUGAUGGAUUAUUUAUGUUGCUGUAGCACUUGGUACCCCAUUGUGCUCAGAGGUGUACACACCCAAUGAAAACAUUGUGCCUUGACCACCCUAUCUAUGGCUCUUCUCUGGUCCCCAUUAGUGCCGCACAUCUGUCAUGGAUUUAUCCCCACAGUGCCCUGGAGAGGUAGAGAAGUGCUAUUAUCCCCAUUGUAAAAAUUGAGGAAUUGAGGCCCAGAGGGAUUGCGACUUGCCAAGGCCACUCAGGAAGCCUGUGAUGAGGAAGGGACUAGGGUUCAAUCCCCUGGUCUAUAGUGCUUAUAAAAUAAGUACAUGAUGAGUCACCAUGUAGCCCAACAUAGUGUAGUCUCAUAGCGUGCUUGAUGCCUGGGUGAUCAAAGAAGGUCGAAGCCGGGGAGGAGAGGGGGCUGCAGUGGUCCUAUCACACAUGAGGACUUUUUGCCAUGGCUGUCAUGUUCCCUAAGUAUUUUGUCCAAUUCAAAAGACUCCGGGUGCUGUAGUUUCCCUGGUUUUGGGUGAGAACAUGAUUGGCACCUCUCCAUAACCUGCAGCCUACUUCUCUAGGAAACUGGAUUUUGCGGAAGUUGGAAAACAAGCACAAACCGUUUCCCCUUUCUGAUGAAACUGUCCUUUUCUGAUUAAUCCAAGAAAUUUACUUUGAACACAAAUAAUUGUUACACUUUUUUUUAAUUGCAGGUUCUAAAUCCACUAAACCAAGAUGUCAGAUGAAGAAAAAAGGAAGAGGGCAAUCACUGCCCGCCGGCAGCAUCUGAAGAGUGUUAUGCUCCAGAUUGCUGCUACUCUCCUAGAGAAAGAAACAGCAGCUAAAGAAGCAGAAAAGGCCAAUUACCUUGCCGAGCACUGUCCUCCUUUGUCACUCCCACACUCCAUGCAGGAGUUGCAGGAGGUAUGCAAAAAGCUCCAUGCGAAGAUAGAGAUGGUGGAUGAGGAAAGAUAUGACACUGAGGCUAAGUUACAGAAAACCACCAAAGAGCUUGAAGACUUGAGCCAGAAACUGUUUGACCUGAGGGGCAAGUUCAAGAGGCCACCCCUGCGUAGGGUCCGCAUGUCUGCUGAUGCUAUGCUGCGUGCCCUGCUGGGCUCAAAACACAAGGUCUGCAUGGACCUUCGAGCUAACCUGAAGCAGGUCAAGAAGGAGGACACUGAGAAGGAGAAGGAUCUGCGUGACGUGGGUGACUGGAGGAAGAACAUCGAGGAGAAGUCUGGCAUGGAGGGCAGGAAGAAGAUGUUUGAGACUAGUGAAUCCUAAAUCCCACGCAGAUGUUCACUGUAAUCCUCCUAUUUCCUAGUCAAUUUCCAAAUGUUUCCUCCUCCAUCUCUCCUGGCACCUAUUUUUCAAACCAGCUCUCUAGCAGCGUUGUUUAGGGCUAAACUUCCUGAGCCCAGGGUCACAUUUCACAAAGCAAUCCAAGACACAAGACCUACUUUCAGCCCCACUCCCUACUGUUGCUAUGGAAACAACUAUCUUAAAUCAUGCAAUGUCUUAACUACAUUUGGAAACAAUGCUAGUGGCAUGAACUGAAAUCAAAUGCAGUUUAACCCUGUAAUUUUGUAGGAUCUGGUGUUUCAAAGGCAUCUUAACUGUGUAAAUAAAGCUUUGAAAGUAUGGUUGAAAUUUUAGCGUUGGAGACCAAGGCAUACAU